GGGACCGCCACCAGCGUCGGGCGAGCGCUUCUCUGCUUUACCAGGAUGUUCUCUGAAAACGACGCGGCGCCAGCUGUCGUAGAUGAAGAAGCGCCCCUGCUUCCGAAGACGAAGACGAAGACGCCUCUGCCGCGCCUCCAGUUGUCGAUCAUCCUCUUCUCCCAGUUGUGCGAGCCACUUGCGAGCCAGUCGAUCUAUCCGUACAUAAACCAGCUGGUGAGUGAACUGGGAAUCACGGGUGGGGACGAGAGGAAAGUUGGAUAUUACGCUGGAAUGGUGAGCACAUAUUCCGCUUGCUCACCCUCUGCAGCUGAUCAGUCCCGAAGAUCCCAGGAAUCGCUCUUCUUCGUCACUGAGGCACUGACCAUCCUCCAAUGGAGCCGCGCAUCGGACCAUGUCGGCCGCAAGCCCAUUCUCCUGUUCGGCCUGUUCGGCGCCGGCCUCUCGAUCUUGUGUUUCGGGCUGUCGCGCACAUUUUGGGGUCUCAUCGUCAGUCGCUGUAUGCUUGGGCUUUUGAAUGGGAACACGGGUGUGAUGAAAAGUGCUAUGGGAGAUUUGACCGAUAGAUCGAACCGGGCUGAUGCGUUUGUAUAUCUGCCCAUCAUCUGGGCUGCUGGGUGCUCGCUCGCUCCGCUCAUCGGCGGAACUCUUGCACGACCGCACGAUACCUUUCCUGCCCUGUUCUCCGGCCAAUUCUGGAUAGAUUUCCCCUACUUUCUUCCGUGUCUGGUGUCCGGCAUCCCGUUGUUCAUCUCCUGGUUCAUCGUCCUAGCGUUUUUCAAAGAAACUGUGAAACAACGGCGUCACUCCGACUCUGAGAGCCCUGAGAGACCCGCACAGACCGGCCCGCUGUCUUUGAAGACACUGAUAUCUCUGCAACCCGUCCGCGCCUCGAUAUCCAACUACGUCACCCUCGGAUUUCUCAACACGACGAUGGACGCGUUGCUGCCCCUAUUUCUCGCCAUGCCACUCGAAUUCGGCGGUCUCGAUCUCUCGCCGCCGCAGAUCGGCCUGAUCUUAUCUACAUAUGGCAUUGCGAUGGGCCUGUUCCAAUUUUUCCUGUUCGGCCGAUUCGUCGACCGCUUCGGCGAGAAACGCGUGUUCGUGCACGGAAUCUCGGCGACGUUGCCGGCGUUCGCGCUGUUCCCGGUCAUCAGCCUCGCUGCGCGUGUCGCAGGUGGGACGAAUGCGCUGGUCUGGACGCUGGUCGGGUGUCUGCUUCUGUGCGCCGCGUUGGUUGAUACUGCAUAUGGCGCCAUAUUCAUUUUCAUCACUUCCUCCGCGCCUGCCUCGAGUCGCGGAUCGGUUAAUGGGAUCGCCCAGACCUCAGUGGCGGUCGCCCGGGCAAUUGGGCCGGCCUUGGCAACCUCGCUGUUUUCGUUCUCCGUGCAGUACAACCUCCUCGGCGGGUAUCUUGUGUAUUUAGUGCUCUGUGCGUGCGCUUGUGCGUCGAUAUUCCUGAGCAGAGUGUUGCCGGAAGAAGUGUGGGAGGACACGGAGUGAAGUUCAAGUAGAUUAGAUUAGAUGGGAUUAGAUUAGACCGCCGAACUUCCCGGAUCACGUAAAUUGCCUCUUAUCUAGCCGUUGACACCCACGGCAUGUUGCAAAUGCAUGGCCAUGCAUGUCAUGCUGAUCUGCUUCUGUCGGCCACGCUCUUGAUUGGUUACCACCACCAUGAUCUCCCUCCCAUUCGACAUCUUCGCGGAAAUCCUGCCCCUCGUCCCGUACUCUGCGCUCCCCGCCUUUGCGCAAGCAAGCACGGAGUUCCGAGACUACGCCCGGGAGCGGCUGUACGAGGAGAUCCCGCCGCACCUGAUCUCCCGCGCGUUCGCGUCGAUCGCGCGCAACCCCGACCUCGCGCGGUACGUAAAGCGGGUGGAGAUGACGCGCCGGCCGGGCGUCGCGGACCUCGACGUCGACUUUCAUCUCCUCGGGACCGUGCUGGGGCACACGACGAACCUGCACACGCUGCUGAUCAACGUCGGCGGGCGGCGGUACUCGUCGUUCCUCGCGGACUCGUCGCGCGUGUUCCGCCUGCGCCGCUUCUCGUGCUUCCUGUACAUCGACCAGGCGCUGAUCCAGUUCCUGCACGACCAGGCGCCGACGCUCGAGGACAUCACGCUCUCGCACUCGCUGCUCCAGUGCGGGCGCGGUGCGAUCGCGAGUGGCUUUCCCCGGUUGCGGCGGCUCAACUCGCCCAUGUCGUGGGCGGACUCGAUCCUCCCGCACGGGGGCGCGAGUCUCACGCAGCUGUCGAUAUCGCACUGUGCGCGCGGCGCGUCGAUGGCAUGUCUGGGGAUGCCGAAUAUCCGCAUCGAAUGGCUGCAGGUCCCGUUCCAUUGCUUCGAGGACACGGAUCCCGGGGAACUCGGGCGCAUGUUUCCUGUCCUGCGGCAGUUGCGCCUGAGUAUGCAGCACUCGCGGUUCGGAUGGCCGUGGCCGGGCAACGUUGAUAUCGAUGUCCCACACCUGGCAGAUCAACUGCACAGGAUUCUGGGCGGAUUGCCCGCUCUCACCCACUUGACGCUUCUGAUGAUGGGGAUGGUCUGGCCAGAAGGUGCUGACAACAUCGGCUUUGCUGCGAUCGCGACGCACAACGCCCCUAAACUGAAAGAUGUGAUUCUGGACUCGGCAUUAGCUGCAGGUGAUGGGACAGCGAGCGCCCUUCACAUGAAAUACAAGGACAGUCGUUGGACGAUCUAAAUAUGUCUGGACUCUCCACGUAUUACUUACAGCUGAACGGAUCCCUAGGCACCCUUACGAGUGAUAUAAUCUGUGCAUGACAUAAACGUAAAACUGCGCGUGGGACUAUAGCCGCUCCCAGGCCGCGUUAGUUUUUGAGAUUAUCCAUGCGGCGAGACAGACGGUCAGAGUUGUGCCGGACUCCCGACAUAGCCGAAUGGCCGUGGAGAUUCGCAUUCUCUUUUUACAGACACCGCGCCGGUUCCCUGGACAAGGUGGUCGCUAUCGCGGUUCGCGUCGGACCAUGGGAUCCAACGCAAUCUUCCGAAGCAGACCGGUUCUUCGUUCUCCGGACGUAUCCGCGUGGUAUAAAAGACACAUCGACCGGAAUUUCGAGACAUGCAUCUCGCGCAGUAGUUACAAUAUCAGUAUCCGGAGGGCGGCUGGAGAGCAACUGCGCACCGAUCGCGCUAUCUGCGCUCUCUAAGACCGACGCCGGCACGAACCGACAUGAACGUCAGUAUCAGUAAGCGUCGGUCUAUGUCCCUUGGUAUUCGGGCAGGGAUGGGCCGCCGGGGUUCUAGACUUCUGCGAAUUCCACGGGACAGCUUCCAAGCGCUUAACAUUGCUGCAAAGGUGCAUCUGUGCUGAGUUGGUAAGAAGUGUAUGUAUGUAUGUAUGUACAUACAUACUCGCUGCUAGCGCCUGAAAUGUCGGCGAUCUGUGGCGCAGAUGGGGACACAAAGUUAUUCAGGAGUGUGACAGAAAAGCGGGGUCUGUUUGUUGGUUGGCUCCCCGAUGGAGUGUGAGUGACUUUGGCGUUGAGCUUUCACAGCGUCGAUAACUGCGGAAUCCGGGUUCUUCCAGGCACAUUCCUCGGAGCCGGGGCAUAUGUUUUUCCCAGAUUCCAGAAACCGGCAGCCCCAUUUGGCUGUUUUCUCUCACACGUGCUUUGGGGACACACGCCCCGCUUCGACCCACUUCGACAAGCGUUCGCCCAUGCCUGUUAACCGGAACUGUACACCUCACGUAAGGCGUGGUUGUAUGCGUGUGUUAUCGUAUGUGGAGCUCCGAGUGCCGCCAUGCACUUGGGUCUCCAUCGCCCGUUUUUGGAACUUACAAAGGCAGGUGCCUGUGCCCGGCGGCCACGUUCCAAGAAAGAACUCGACGGGACCUGUCGCCAACUACAGUGACAAAUACCACAGGCUCGACCUAGUCGGCUGGAUUUAUAUGUCUUCCUUUCGGCUGGCCCCCCGACGACCGUGACUAUGCUGCUGCUCCAAUGUGCCCCCUCCCCACUCCCGCCCUCGCUGCUCGAUCUCCCCGCACGACACCAGAUGCCCGGCAGCAGUAGUGGCAGCAGCAGCGGUGGUGGCAGCAAGUGCAAGGCACGGGACUCGGAGAUGUGGUUCUCGGUCGACACCAGCGCCUCGGGCUCAUGGCCGCCCAGGAUCACCUUCGCAAGCGCCCCGUGCGCGUCGGCCCCUGCUCCCAUUAGCAACGGCGGCAGCGAUGAGAUGGAGGAUGUUAUCUUCGCGGAGGGCAGUGGCACCGUCACUGGGAGUGCAACGCGUGCGUCUCGUCUCGUAGCGAACCGGACGCCCAUCCGCAACCGCCCGUCGCGCAGCAGGUCGACCGUGCGCUCCACCCCAAACGAUCUGUGGCAGCGACAUCCGCCUGCGGACGAUCUGCUCAAGAAGAAGCUUCUCGACGAUUUGCUCGGUGGUCCGGCGUGCGGCAGUGGCAGCGGCGAUGCCCGACGUAUCCGUGCGCUCCCGGAGUCGCUCUUGAUCGGGACUCCGGCACCGCCAACCCUGCCCCGCUGCCCGCCGGCGCCUACGGAGCCCCCACCCCCACCGUCCCCCCGGCCACAGUACACCGCGCCGCACGCGGCAUUCCUCCCCGAACAGCCGAUGCUAUCCCAGUGGCGCGACAAGGAGCGCUCGUUUCUGCAGCUGUGGAAACACGAAAAGCGGAGACACACGCGCCUGCCGCUCGUCGUGUCGCCGUUCAAUCCCCUCCGCGAGUCGAUGCCCGAGGGCUACUGGAGGACGGUCAACCCGCCCAGUGCGCCACUCCAGAAAAAGACGUGGAAUUUCCGGCGCCCGAUCCCGCCACCGCAGCUGGUGCCCAGGUUGCGCUCGAGGCGGUCCUGCGACUCGGCCUGCGAGCGCGUCUCUGCCUGGGCGAUGCUCAGCGGCAAAACUGCACAUCACUGCCGCCGGUGCAGCCAGGACUCGCUCGGCAAGCGGCUGCUGCUAUACCGGUAUUGGCGCAGGCGGUCCGAGAGCGAGGCGGGGUACGCCUACUCGACUCUCUCCAAAAUCAUGCGCCAACUCGACGAGGAAGACGCUGAGAUGUUGGAUCUUCUCACACCCCCCGAGAGACGCUGCAUGUGACAUAAUUGCACGCAUAUAACUAUCAUAUGUAUCUGUGUAUCGCUACCUAGGACCAUCUCAUACUCUCUUUACAAACCGUGUAGUUUACUCAUCGUUACUGGAGCCAUCAUUACAUUUGCAAUUGCGGACAUUCUAG